AGGGAAUAUUUCAAAUCGCGAAGAAGAGGCGCUUCUGAGCAGCUGAGAGGAGUUUGACUAUACAAACAAUGCAGCGAGCUGGAAAAGGGAAGACUCCUCGGAGGCCAAAAAAGCCAUCCAACAUAGAGAAAGAUCCUGUUGGGGUUUACUGCCGCAUACGUCCACUAAGUGGAGAAGAUGAGGAAUGCUGCGUUGAGAUGAUUAGCAGCUCCACCAUUCAGCUGCAUGCUCCUGAUGGGCUGAAAGCCAACCGCAAUGGUGAAUAUAAAGAGAUGCAGUACUCCUUUAAAAAGGUGUUUGGUAUCAAGACUACUCAAACGGAGCUUUUUGAGGAUGUUGCCAAGCCGCUCAUAGAGGACCUCAUUCACUGUAAAAAUGGUCUGCUUUUCACAUACGGCGUGACAGGAAGUGGUAAAACGUACACCAUGACUGGCUCACCUGGAGAAGGGGGACUCCUUCCUCGCUCUCUAGACAUGCUCUUUAAUAGCAUUGGGCCUUUUCAGGCCAAAAGAUAUGUGUUUAAACCAGACGACAAAAAUGGAAUAGAGAUUCAGAACCAGGUUGAUGCUCUGCUGGAGAGGCAGAAGCGAGACAGCCAGGCAUCGGUGCCCAAAACCCCAUCAUCAAGACAAAAGGCUGAUCCAGAGUUUGCAGAUAUGAUCAACCCAGAUGAAGCAUGUAAAUCUGAAAGCGUGGAUGAAGACUGCUGCUACAGUGUAUUCGUUUCCUACAUAGAGAUCUACAACAACUAUGUCUAUGACCUCCUUGAAGAUGCUCCAUUUGAUCCAAUCAGACCAAAGUGGCUUGAUGGAAACACACCUGUUCGGAACAAAGAUUUCAUACCCCCUCAGUCAAAGAUUCUCCGGGAAGAUCAGAAUCAUAACAUGUAUGUGGCUGGCUGCACGGAACUUGAAGUCAAGUCCAAAGAAGAAGCUUUUGAAGUCUUCUGGAAAGGACAAAAGAAGCGGCGGAUCGCAAAUACACAGCUCAACCGUGAGUCCAGUCGCUCUCACAGUGUCUUCACGGUAAAGCUGGCCCAAGCACCUCUUGAUGCUGAUGGCGACUAUAUACUGCAGGACAAAAGUCAGGUGAAUGUGAGCCAGCUGUGUCUAGUUGACCUGGCAGGCAGCGAGCGCACCAACAGAACCAGAGCAGAGGGGAGUCGUCUUCGAGAAGCGGGUAAUAUUAACCAGUCCUUGAUGACUCUACGGACAUGUAUGGAAGUUCUGCGUGAAAACCAGAUGUUCGGAACAAAUAGGAUGGUGCCAUACCGGGACUCUAAAGUCACACACCUGUUUAAAAACUACUUUGACGGCGAAGGAAAGGUCAGGAUGAUUGUGUGUGUUAACCCCAAGGCUGAAGAUUAUGAAGAAACUUUGCUGGUGAUGCGCUUCGCUGAGAUGACCCAGGAAGUAGAGGUGGCACGGCCUGUAGACCGUCCAAUCUACGGCCUCGUGCCGGGACGGAGACAAAGAAACCAGGCCUUCAAAGAUGAGCUGUCUCGCCGCCUGGAAGAAAGAGGAGGUCCAGUUAAUGGAGAGGACCCAGUUCUGUUGAACCAGCUGAUAGAAAGCCUCCCACCUCUGCCUCCCUGUGAGCUCUCAGACCCCUCUGAUGAUCAGACAUUGCCCCGUAUGAUUGAGGUCCUGGAAAGACGGCACCGUAUUCGUCAGAUGAUUACAGAGCAGUUCAAUCAGACUGCAAAUGCAAUGAAGUCCAUGCUUCAGCAGUUUGACAGUCAGAUUCAUUCUAAGGAGACGGUGCUUUUUGAUCAGCGAAGCAAACUGGGCGAGAAAGACAAAGUCAUCAUCAACCAAAAGACUGAGAUUGAACGAUUAGAAAAGAAAUCCAAGACUUUGGAGUAUAAGAUCGAUAUCCUGCAGAAAACGACCGAGAUGUAUGAGCAGGACAAACGCUCCCUGCAGCAAGAACUGGAGAGCAGAGAGCAGCGUCUGCAAAAGGAAUUGGCAGAGAGGAGACGCAUGGAGCAGCGCAUGCAGGGCAUGGUGACAGAUACCAAAAUGAAAUGGGAGAAGGAGUGUGAGAGGCGAGUUAAUGCCAAGCAGCUAGAGAUGCAAAACAAGUUGUGGGUGAAGGACGAGAAGCUGAAGCAGUUAAAAGCCAUAGUGACGGAGAACGGCGGCCCUGGCAGUGGCCCCACAGAACCGCCAGUGAAACCCGAUAGACCGUCCAGAGAGAGAGAUCGACACGUUGCGCAGAAGCGGUCGGCGUCUCCGACACCUCUCUCUGACUUAGGCCAAACACCUCUGAACCAAAACCGAGCCAGUGUUAGGGAAGUUCAGGACCCUUUCCCCACCUCCACUCCCUCCUCAGCCUUUCCCUCCGUAGCUACCUGCAUCUCAGAUUGGGAGCAGAGGUUCCCUGUAGACUCAGGCAGCCAGUACAGGCAACCAGGAACGCCCCAGUUUGGCAGCAGGACUCCCGCCCCAUGCCACAGUGCAAGCAGCGUGGGUCGCAGGAGAGGCCAGCGCUGGGCCCCAGAGACUGAGGCUCCUGCUACAACUUCUGUCUAUGAGCUUGACAAAGAGGCAGGCACAAGGACGGUUCCUCCAGUUCGUCCAAUGCACAGGCGCUCACGCUCUGCGGGUGGGGAGAAAUGGGUAGACCACAAACCUCCCACUAAUUUGGAUCUAGACACUGUAUUGCAGCCAAUCUUACCCAAUGCGAUCAAGGUGUCGACCCCGAACGAGAAAGCUCUGUCUAAAUGCCACAAAUAUGUGCUUAGACACCAAGAGCUUGCCUCUGACGGGGAGAUCGAGACCAAAUUGAUAAAGGGAAAUGUUUUUAAGACCAGAGGAGGAGGACAAGCUGUGCAGUUUACUGAUAUUGAGACUCUAAAGCAAGAGUGCCCAACAGCCCCCAGCCGGAAAAGGCGAUCAGGCUCUGGAGAGGGACCAACAGACUUCAAUGAAAACAGGGCUCCAGUGGCAAACGCAAGUUCUGCUCAAGGCUAUCAGAAGCGCAGAAGACCUUAAGAUUAAGCAAAAAACUCUGGUAACGGUUUUCUGUCAAAUCAGUAAAAGGAGGAACUAUGCAGCUGACAGUCUAUACCUGAUCAUAUCAAACCUUACUGUGGUGCAAUCAUAAUUUAAUCAUUGCCUAUUGAUAGCAAGUGUUUUUUUCUUUCUUUUUCUUUGUGAUCUUUGGGUAUUUCCAUCAAAUAAUUUUUUUUUUUUUUUUCGUUUAGUUUUUUUAAUGCUAGAAUCCUUCCUGACUGAAAGGAGAUAAAUGAUCACAUGUGGUCAAGCUGAUAGAUGUAGUUUAUCGUAUCUUUCAUCUGCUUUAUGCUGCCACCCAAAGUAUGUGUUGUGGAACUUUAUUUUUAUGUCUUUGCUUUUUUUUUUUUUGCCUUGUUUGUAUUCAUGUCACAUUGUGUAAGUAUAUAUGUGAUCACAAAAAAUAGCUUUUAGGAUUUGCAGCAUUUAGACCUGAGAAUGUAAAUGCUGUGCUGUCAUGAAGUGGUGCUGACCACCUGUAAAUAUGCUUUGUAACUUUACCAGAACAAGUGUAGCACACUAGAUGUUUUGGUGGCAUUAAAUUUAUUUAGACACCA